AUGGGCUCCAGUACGAAGAGGAAGAAGGAGAAGCAGAAAGAUUUCCAGAAACCGAAGCUCAAGGUUGGCAAGGCUAAGCCCAAGCCUGCAAACUUUACAGAUACAAGUUUUAGAUCGAAAGCAAUUGUGUUAAACCAACAAUCACUUUCCACCAAUGCACCAACAAGCUCUUCGCAAUUCUCACAUCAUCUAUCUCUGCUAUCAAGCAAAUCCGACACGCAGCGCAAAGAGUCCCUUGCGCAUCUUACAACAUCAGUAUCAUCUCGCCCUGUGGAUUCGCCAUUACCACAGCCCGUGAGUGUAAUGAUACCAAAACUUGUCCCUUUACUUCUAGACGCCAGCAAUAGCGUACGAGCACAGCUCUUGAAAUUUCUCAAGACUCUCCCAACAGCUGAUAUAGAGGCCCACGCUGCCCAAUUAUUACCCUACAUCCGAGCUGGAAUGACACAUUUAGCGGCAGAUAUUCGCUCCUCUUCAGUUGAAGCUCUUGGGUGGCUGGUGGAGACCGCCGGAGGAGAAGUUGUAUCUUGCCCUGGAGGCUGGAUCAAGACGUUGAAUUGUUUUCUGUCUCUUCUCGGAUGGCAUACUGAGGAGUCGGCGAAGUGGUCUUCAAAUCGAAGUUCAUUUGGAAAGGCCGGUAGCGAAGGUCGGCCGAUGGUUAAGGCUCUUCAUGCUCUUGCUGAAUUUCUCCGCGCCGGCAUCAGCAGCGAGGAAACAGCCAUACAAGAUGCGUCUGUCACGGCAAUUGCAGGCCAUGACACGGGUGUGGAAUUUUUCCCGCUUGACCUCUCCGUUCAGCAAAACAUGAUCCCAGACCGCUCUGCGCCUUACGCUUAUCUAAAUCUCUUUGGUCAACCGCGUGAUGCCGAGGGUGAAAUGUAUGAAAGCCGCGAAGAUAGGCUACGAGUUUUUGGUGAUAUGUUUCGCAAGGCUAUUGAGCGUGGGGUGGACAAUGCUCGUAAGGAAGGAGGCGAAGUUGGACGGGCUUCGGCGGCGGUGUUCAAGGUCCUUCGAGAGACGAGGGAGGUCUGA